GUGGACUUACCUUUGGAGCCCGGAUAUUUUCCCACGUGUCUGCCACCAUUUCUUUCCUUCGCAAUCCGAGUUUCUAGAGCGGAACAUCCUUGCUUACUCUUUUACUGUAGACGCCACCUUUGCCACGGGCCAAAAAGUAAAAAGGUACUCCGUACAAUCAAACAAAAAACACCACCCCAGCCGUAUUCCAAUUUCGGUUCCGACUUGAACCCAAUCACCCUAACCACAGCCAUGGCCACCGACAAGCAAAUGUACGAUGAUGUGGCCGGUGACUACGACAUCAUCUGGGCGACGCCGGCCGUCCGUAUCCUGUGGACGUUGCUGGACAGGAACCUCCAGGGGCUCGGCAACUGGAAGGGGACUUCGGUGUUGGACCUGGCCUGCGGCACGGGCAUCGGCCUCCGCGAGGCUCGCAAGCUGGGGGCCACCAAGCUGGUCGGCAUCGACAUCUCGGGCGAGAUGAUCGAGGUCUGCAAGGCCACCACCAAGGACGUCGAUCAGUUCCAACUCCACGUGGCCGACUGUUCCCAGCCGCUCGACCACCUCAAGCCCGGGCUCGAACCCGGCUCCUUCGACCUCAUCAUCGGCAUGUGGUUGCUCAACUACGGCGAGAGUGCGGAUCAACUGCAGGCGUUCUGGGCCAACAUUGCAAAGUACCUCAAGCCGUCCGGCAAGUUCGUCGGCAUCAUCCAGAACCAGGAGACCUUCCAGCCCGAGUCGAUGAAGACCCUCAGGUACGGGGCCAUGGAGUCCAACCUCCAGCCGCUCCCCUCGGGCGACGGCGUCAAGAUGCACGUCGAGUUCGACACCCAACCAAAGGUCGAAUUCGACACCUACGUCCUCAAGAAGGACAUCUUCGAGUCGACCGCGGCAAAAGCCGGCAUGAAGAUCGAACGGUACGUCCGCCCGGACAAGACCGUGCUCACCGACGAAGAACAGAAGAACAUCGCCUGGUGGCAGCAACUCUUGGACGAAUACCCGAACCAGCUUGUCAUCGCCAAGAGAGCCUGAAAGCCCACACCGCUGCUCCUUAGAGACUGCCGUAGAAAUGAAAAAGUGAAGACUUGGCUUGGCCGAGCUCAAGCAAAGCUUUGUAUGAAGAAGGAAUUAAGCGAGCAUUGGAACCACUGGAAUGAAUGACUUUGUAAAUCCCCGCAUAUAUAUAUAUAUAUAGGAAGGCAUUUUGAGCAAUUCGUCCCUGUCUACCACUCCGUACGGCGAUAGAUAUAGAGGAAAUAAAGAG